GCGGGACGUUGCGAAGUAAACAAGAUACAUUAUUGUAGAAAUUCAAUAAAUUAAAUAUGAUUCUGUCCCGAUCAAAGCCAGCUGGCGAGAAUCGCACAAAUACAGGCAGCAGUUCAGCUAAGAAAAGUUUUCCAGAACUAGAGGAUUUUAUACUGAAAAGAGACUAUGUUGGCGCUCUUACUAUGCUCGAGUUCCUAAAACACGAAGGUAACGUGGACGUAUGGCCAGACGUCUGGGGCGCAUGGUGCUGGUUCCACCUGGGCGAGUACCGGCGCGCACUGGAUGCGUACUUGCGUGUGCGUACUAGAGAAAAGUUAGAUGCGCGGGUAGCUGACAAUAUCGCCAUGGAUAUUGCUGUGUGCUACUUUUAUUUAGGAAUGUACCAGGAAUCUCAAGAAGCAGUUGAGGAAGCCCCAAAGUGUUCCUUAAAGACCCGUCUCCUAUUCCACCUAGCUCACAAGCUAGGAGACGAGGAAUCUUUGAUGCAUGCACACGCAACUCUUCGCGAUGUGCCCGAAGACCAGCUGUGUUUGGCAUCUGUUCACUACCUGAGAGCACAUUACCAGGAGGCUAUCGAUGUUUAUAAGAAGCUGUUGUUGGAGAGGCGAUACAAAAGAUUUGACAGAGACGAUAUGGAUUGGAUUAAGAUGUUGUCUGCUAUUGAUAGCACAUACAUGGCUCUGAACGUAUAUGUAGCUCUCUGCUACUAUAAGCUGGACUAUUACGAUGUAUCUCAAGAGGUGCUUGGAGUAUACCUAGCCCAGCACCCAACCUCCACUGUCGCUGGGAACUUGAAGGCUUGCAAUCUUUUCAGAUUAUACAACGGCAAGGCAGCUGAAAACGAACUGAAACAAAUGACCUCAGAUCAGCACACAUUCGGACAAGAUUUGGUCAAGCAUAACUUAGUUGUGUUCAGAAAUGGUGAAGGAGCAUUAAAGGUACUACCUGAGCUAGUAGACGUGGUACCCGAAGCCCGGCUCAACUUGGCGGGCUACAGACUUCGCAACCGAGAGCCCUUAGAAGCAAGGACGCUUCUGGAACCCUUACAGCCGACCUCGCCGCUACACUACAUCUUGAGAGCUGUGGUCGCUGUCAGGCUGUACAAUGAGACUGGAGAUGAUGAACAACUAAAACUAGCCCAACAAAGUUUCCACCUAGUAGGCAGUUCGGCGUCAGAAUGCGACACUAUCCCGGGGCGUCAGUGCAUGGCGUCCUCCUACUUCCUAGCAGGUCAUUAUGAGGAGGUGCUGGUCUAUCUCAACUCCAUCAAGAGUUUCUUCGUCAAUGAUGAUACUUUCAACUUUAAUUAUGCUCAGGCUAAGGUAGCGACGGGUUUCUACCGCGAAGCUGAGGAGAGCCUGCUGACGAUACAAGACGAGAGCAUCCGCAGCUCCUUCACGUUCCUCGCCUGUCUCUGUCGGUGCCACGUCAUGAACAAAGACGCUCAACUCGCAUGGGAGCUAUGUGUUAAGUCAGCGGGCACUCCCGACAGCUUCGCGUUGCUACAACUGGUCGCUAACGAUAGCUAUCGCAUGGGACAGUUCCUAGUCGCUGCCAAAGCUUUCCACAUGCUUGACAGAUUGGACGGAGGUCCAGAAAUGUGGGAAGGUCUUCGCGGUGCCGUCUGUGGCUGUGCCCAGGCUGCUGCAGCCAACAAACCCAAUGCUGCUACAGACUUGAGGGAUGCCCUCGCCCUCCUCAAGGGACCAAGGUCUCACACGAGGGCAGAUAACAUCGUGAGGACCAUCACCAAGUGGGCCCAACAGAAUCGCAUCCCUGUGUGAUCGGAGACCAAGGCUUGCAGUGUAGCGUAGCCUUGCAAGUAGUGUAGCAAUGUUUGAACAUUGUCUGUAGGUAAGUGAUAUGUUUUCAAGUUCAGUAAAGUUU